GUUAGCUGGCUGAAGGGUAUAACGUAAGGACGGGGUUUCCUUGUCUGUUGCCUCCUCAUAUCCGUGGCCGAACCACCAAAAACACACUCUCAUACAUCAGCCUCUCUGUCUUGGUGUCAAGAAAUUGAACAUUAUUCCCUCCAUUCAGCAUACAGCUACAAUCACACUAACAUUCCCAGAGAAAUUUUGUGGCUGAUGUUAGAAAUGAACAGAGCAUCCAUCAAAUAUAUUUUAGUGUAGGGAUGCUAGGAAGAUCACUGGCUUCCCCUCUCUUGACAUUUGAUUCUGCAGCACGCUCAAGCUGUGUUACUCCUGAUCUUGUAACAGCUGCUCCUAAUGCUGCUUGUCUGAACGUGAACUCCUUAGCUCUUCCAUCAAACGUAACCCGAGGAUACUGUACCUCCCAUUUUUCUCCUAGGAAGUGGGCAAUUCAAUCUACUGCACAGGCUGACAACACAACUUUUAGUAAUGAAGACAGGAAGACAUGGGAAGCAUGCAGAGAAGCUCUGUCUGCAUUUAAUUUCAAUGCUGAGGAGAAAGACAAGAUACUUGGAAAAGCAUUUGGUCACGUCCAUUCUCCUUACUGGGGUGAACAACGAAAACUAGAAGUCCCCAAAUUUGAAAUUGUUUGUGAAACGUUGGAUUAUCUGAGGAGCCUUGGUCUUUCAGAAGAUGACCUCUUUAAGUUGCUCAAAAAGUUCCCUGAAGUCCUUGGUUGUAGCCUUGAACAAGAAUUGAAAACUAAUGUGAAGAUCCUGGAGAAAGAUUGGGGAAUAAAAGGAAAAUCCCUACAAAAGCUUCUUCUUCGAAAUCCAAAAGCUUUGGGGUACAAUGUUGAUUGCAAGGGAGAUUGUAUCGCACAAUGCACGAGGUGCUGGGCUCGGUUUUAGAGUUGAAAUUUCUAUCAUUUUUUGCAUACCAAUACAAUGUUAUCAGUGAAGUUCUGUUAAAAAAUUGUAUGCAUGUCACGUUGAAUACACAUUCUUGAUGUAUUACAGAUUAAUGUAUAUUAAGUCACCUUGGGAAUACAGUCUUUCAAUGUCUUAUAGCA